AUGAAGAUUGCGAAAGCUGACCUUGGCUGUCUAUCGACCAUCCUUUCACUGUUUGCCUGGACGCUUCCUGGGGCUGAAGCCGCAUGCAGUCUCCCAUCUACAUACAGAUGGACAUCGACUGGUCCUCUGGCUGAGCCCAAGUCUCCUUGGGUUUCAUUGAAGGACUUCACCUACGUGCCAUACAAUGGCCAGCAUCUUGUCUAUGCCACCACCUAUGGGAAUAACUGGGGCUCCAUGAACUUUGGCCUCUUCUCCAACUGGUCCCAGAUGGCGACGGCAAGCCAAAAUGCCAUGUCCUUCAGUGCCGUGGCCCCAACCCUCUUCUACUUCAAGCCCAAGAACAUCUGGGUUCUUGCCUAUCAAUGGGGCCCAACAGCCUUCUCCUACCGGACUUCGACCGACCCGACCAAUCCGAACAGCUGGUCAUCCAUUCAGCCACUCUUCACUGGCAGUAUCUCGGGCUCUGACACCGGCCCUAUCGACCAGACCCUGAUUGGCGACGAUAACUACAUGUACCUUUUCUUUGCUGGCGACAACGGCAAGAUCUAUCGUUCUCGGAUGCCCAUCUCCAACUUUCCUGGCAACUUUGGCAGCGCUUCUGAGGUCAUCAUCAGCGGUCCUCGCAACGACAUCUUCGAGGCAGUCCAAGUCUACACUGUCACUGGCCAGAGCAGGCCGACCUACCUAAUGCUCAUCGAGUCGAUCGGUGCCAAUGGCCGGUACUUCCGCUCCUACAUUGCCAAUGACCUCAACGGCGCCUGGACUCCCCAGGCUACCAGCGAGAGCAAUCCCUUCGCCGGCAAGGCCAACAGCGGCGCCACCUGGACCAACGAUAUCAGCCACGGCGAUCUGAUCCGCUCCAGCCCGGACCACACCAUGCCCAUCGACCCUUGCAACCUUCAGCUGCUGUAUCAGGGCCGCUCACCGUCCAGCGGUGGCGAGUACAACCGUCUGCCCUACCGGCCUGGUCUGCUCACACUUCAGGGUGCUAACCCUGGCAACGGCGGCGGCAGCGGUUCGCCGACGACGACCAGACCUCCUGCUACGACCACUUCUGCUGCUCCUGGUGGGACGGUGCCGCGUUGGGGACAGUGUGGCGGUAUCGGGUACACGGGGCCGACUAGAUGCGAGAGCCCUUGGACUUGCACCUACCUAAAUGACUGGUACUCACAAUGCCUAGAACUCCUGGAGAUGAGCUCUCCCGAGUCGGACGCUGAUACAACAGGCUUCUCAAGCCCCAAUAUUUCGCAGUCGACUCCUCUAAAUGUGACGACCGAUGCUCAGGCCAACAACACUCCCGAUACAACUCCCUUAUGGUUACCGGGUGGUCAGAGCACAGAGAUGUUGAAGUCUACUCAGCACUGUCCAGGGCUGGAUAUGCAUAUUAACGACCAGGAGAAGAAGAGACUUGCUGAGAUCGCACGAUACGGACUCAAUGAUACGCCAUCAAGGGUCACGAGGGACAUUCGAUCAGUUUCUUACCAGCCCUCUCAUGUCGCGUCUGCGAAACACCUGGGAGAUCAAGCAAGCUUGAGCGAAAAUAUUGGCCUACGAUCUCAACUGCAAGACAAUGGCGAUCAUGAAUGCUCCUCCGUGACAUUUUCAGGACACUGGAAGGCUUUUGGGACAGCAUCGCAGAACCUAGCUGACUCGGGAGCUCAAGCCAACCCUUGGAGCGACGUGAGCUUUUCGCCGAGGGCCACAUCGGCGAGCUUUUCAUCUAAUGCUGUGCGGAAGCAGCAAAAUUCUUUCCCUUUUCCGUUCGCUUUUCCUCUCCCACCCCAGCAUCGUCGACCGCAGUCAAAGCUUCCACCUUGGAUCCCCACAACUACUGACUCGAAAAUCACGGUCAACAACAACAACAACAACCAGAAGUCGAACAUCAUGGAGGUCAACGAUAAGCUAUCGCCGCUCGAACUGCUAGGUGAACGCGAUGAGCCUUCGUAUCCUGAUCCUUACGCGAGUUUAUCGCCACCGACCCCAAUUCAACUCCUCCCUAAUCUGUCCGAUGGUCAUGAUUUCGAGCGAGACUUGGAGCUGCACAAGUAUCUCAUCCAGUUGGCCAUAGACAGCCCUUCCUCACCGACUUCUACUGGCGGAAUCCAGUUUCUCAAUCCCCUCUCCACAGGCAAUCUACCUCUUGACGCAGUGGCAGCUAAGUUACGGUCGCUCACAGCUACUCCGGCGCUGAGUGGCGACUACUUGUCGACGGCGGCGAAAGAGAGCGAGGAGAUAUCGCAUCUGUCAACGACAGCGAAGGAGCCGACGACUAGUACUGCUGUGACCACAUCCCUUCAGCCCUCGGCCAACCCUCCCAUGAUUCCGAAUUUCUUUCACCCCAUGAACUGCCACACAGCACCGCGUCGCCCUCUUGGAGCCAGAAGUCAUUACGGGGCAGGUGGAAUCACGGCCGAAGAGGCACGACAGUUGGUAUUGCGAGGGUUUUCGCCCAACUACCGGGGCGACCCGACGUUGGCGCGCAAUCAGUCUGCACUUAUCCCGCCCGAGGCCAAUUGCAGCUUGUUCCUAGUGGGUCUGGCUGCCGACAUUACUACACAUGAACUUUUGUCUGGCAUUCGAGACAUCGGACGCGUAUACGCAACGCACAUUAACCCUCCCGAUCCUGCGAGGGGCCAUGUUAGGAGCGCGGCCAAAGUUGUGUUCUUCGAGAGAAAGGCUGCUGAGCGUUUCUACAAUCUUUACUCACUGACCGGCUUUUUCACCCCAAACCACCCUGAUUUGCGUGUCCGCGUGACUUGGAAUCGCAUUCGCUCGGCGGAAAUGGACGUUGGCGGCCAUCGCUCUCGUGUUUUGCUCAUCAGCGGCCCUCCAACGAUUGCUAACGAAGAGUUUCUUCGUGCUUAUUUGGACACAAAGCUUCUCUACCAAGUUGAUGAGGUCAUCACCCAUGGGGGCGAAGGUGGUCGUGUCCUAGUCGAAUUUCGUUUUGGCAGUUUCCGUUGUCAGGCUGAAGCAGCCCGAAUGGCUUUGAUGCGGGAGUUCGGUGAUGUUGGUGUGGUCUGCGAAUACGGAUGGGACCCGUGCGACCGCGUCACUCCCGAUGAAUAA